AAGGAGGGACCUGACGAUGUUGACGACACUGUCCGCCCUCGCGCUAGGGUUCGCCACGCACCCAACCACCCUCUCCAUCGACUCGGCCUCUCCGCAGCCACGUGUACAAACCUUUGCCGUUCACCCAGAUGCAACGGCGGUGGCCCGAAGCACCAAAUGGUCGAAGACGCUCGACUCGCCCGAGCUGCUUAUGUCAAUGCCCUUUGCUGAAUCGACUGCGAUCAAGGCACGGGGUACAGCAGUGAGCGGCAGCAGUGAGGGCAGGACGUCUAGUGAGGGCAGGACGUCUCCACAAGAGAAGCAGAGCCACGUCGGCGGCUACAUGAUUGUCUCCGCCGUCAUGUUGGUGAUGGUUCUCGCCGCUGCAGCGGCACGUCGUCGUGAACGCGCCGCUGUGAUGCGCUUCGACUUGCCACUCGCCCGCCCGCUUCGAGCCAGCGAGGCUCCCACCGCUGAGGUGCCGAUUGCGCCGAUCUUGCUCUGCAAGGAAGAGGCCCCUGGCGUCUUUCGCGAGGACACUACUGGAUCACACGCCGCGUGAGCGGCGUGCUAUUAACCGCUGCUCUGCUGUCGAUGAGGAUCACCGGUCCGCUUGUCGCCUGUCUGUAUCGACGAGGCAGAGGCCACUCGUGCACGAGCACCGUCUGCGGACCUGUUUUAGUCGACGUGUUCUCUCGUCUCGACUCCGCUCUGUGCGCGUAGCGGCUAGCGCGUUUUUGUCUGUGUGUGUCUCCCCGUAAGCGAGCAUAGUCGCUCAUGUGUACUUCUGUCAAUAACUAUUCUACAUCGCCCAA